AGUCAGCUUACGAUGAUCAGGUCAGCUUACUUCUUACCAUUAUUGAAACCCUACGGUUGACUCCUUUACUUUUCUGUUAUAUCUAGAUAAUCAUCGAUUAUCUUUUACUCUAUCCCUAUGAGCUAUGAUCUUCGGAGCAUAGGAAUCUCUGCAAUUUGCUGCAGUAUCCUCGCGUACAUCAUAGCCAAAAUGUUCGGGUUUGGCUCUCGGAACGAAUUCCACGUUGAUGGCAAGACUGUCCUCAUCACUGGCGGCUCGGAGGGAAUGGGCAGAGAGGCUGCUGUUCAAUUAGCAGGGAAAGGAGCGAAUGUCGUGAUAGUUGCGCGCACUGUCAAGAAACUUGAGAAUGCCUUGGAAGUUAUCAAGGCCGCUGCCGCAUCCCCCGAAAAACAACGAUUUCACUACAUUAGUGCCGACCUCACCAACCCAACCGAAUGCGAGCGAAUCCUCGACGAAGUGACUCAAUGGAAUAAUGGUGUUGCACCUGAUGUUGUAUGGUGUUGUGCGGGGUUUUCUCAUCCUGGUUUAUUCGUAGACACGGGUAUACAAACGCUAAGGGAUCAGAUGGAUACCAUAUAUUGGACUGCCGCGUAUACCGCUCAUGCGACGUUGAGGAAAUGGCUUGCUCCAGUGACUCAAGAUGGGCAGUCGAAGAGUUCGAGACGACACCUGAUAUUCACUUCCUCUACACUUGCUUUUUUUCCUAUUGCGGGCUAUGGGCCUUAUUCUCCGGCAAAGGCCGCCAUACGCUCCUUGGCAGACACUCUAUCCCAGGAAAUCGAGAUGUACAAUGGCGCACGCUCCAACAAAGCUAACGCUACAGCUCCUUAUGCCGAUGUCAAAAUCCACGCCGUCUUUCCUAUGGGUAUCCUGACUGGCGGCUAUGAAAACGAACAGAAGUCGAAGCCGAAGCUGACCCAAAAGUUAGAAGAGGCCGACAAGCCGCAAACACCAGAGGAAGUCGCGCGCAUCUCGAUCCAGGCAUUGGAACGCGGCGAAUAUCUCAUCACAACGAUGCUCGUCGGACAUCUCAUGAAAGGCACGGCUCUCGGUCCAAGUCCGAAAAAUAAUGUCAUUGUUGACACCUUACUCGGUUGGCUUAGCAGCCUGGUAUUCUUAUAUGUUAUCCCUGACCUCAGGAAGAUAACAUGGAACUGGGGAAAGAAGAACGGCGUGACAAGCCCGGCUUCCUAGCCCAGUCCCUUGAGUCAUUCAUGUAUCAAAUUCUUUGUCACUAGGAUACCCUGUUAGUAUAAUCAGCAAAGAACAUCUUGGUUUAUAUUGGCGAAUGUAGAUAGAUAGAUUGACUGUGCCGAGUAAUGAC